AUGGAAAUUUACGUUAGACUUAACGCAGACGUCGAGCACGACUAUGCGUUCCAGGUGUCAAAUGAAGACACCAUCAACAACAAGAUUAGGAAAAUUUUCCCCUCCAAGACGGGUUUGGCGGACUUAAUGGUGUUGAGACCAUCGAUUUUCCAUGAGAAGGAGCCUUCCAAGUUCUACAAGUCUAUUCAUCCUGGAUAUCUGUCCGAAGGUGGUUGUUUGAUGUUCCAUUAUGAUGCUGAUAACGAAGAAAAUCUUGGGGAAUUGAAUGACUCCAAGCCGCUUAUCGACCAAUUGUGGCCUGGCCAGCUGGUUGUCCCCAAGUGGAAGCUGUCCAAGAAAAACAUAUGGGUAUAUGUCACCAUCAUGCUCGCCUGGUUGUACACUGAUUUGCCGGACGCCGUUUCCCCCACUCCGGGGAUCUGUUUGACUAAUCAAUUGUCUAAAUUAUUGAUUCCCGUGGCCAAACGUAUGGAUUUGCCCGACAUUGCUGCCAAAUUGGAACAAGAGAUCCAGGCAAACUAUUCCAGCCUUGUAGCUCAAUGGCUUUUCUUUGUCAUGCACAUUUUUAAAAUUGCCGUGAUUACUUUAUUCCUCAAAUUGGGUAUUGCCAACCCUAUCAGUUUCAACCCUUACAAGUUAUGGACUUUGAGAGACAUGACUUCUCCCUCCGCAAAGACUAACAAUGGUAAAUCUGCGGGCAGUAAUAGUGCUACUGACCUGAAGACAAUUUUGCGCUCUUUAGGCUGGAUAGGUGCUAAGAGGGCCACCUAUGACGACUAUCAGACUAACUACUAUAACUAUGUCAUCGAUAAGAUGGGCGGUGCAGUUGCUGCCUAUAGAGCCGGUGCCAUCAGGAAAGCCGCCGCUCCAGGUAUCCAACUGGAGGCUGGCGAGGGUUUCCAAAGUCCCUUGGAAAAUAGAUUCACUGCUUCUACUUUCACGGUCAUUAAAACCGAAGGCAAAUUCAUCCUGAGUGAAGAAUACUUCGUGGAGUUGGAAAACAACUUGAAAAAAAUCUUAGAAGAGUAUGACGGCGAUAUUGGGCAGAUGAAUGCUGAAAUUAGGAGGUUUAGGAGGUUUGGUAUUUAUGAACCUGACGAAAAACUAGCCACGUUGGUUAAGCUCAGAAGGGAAAUCAGUGAUGAAAAAGAGAAUGCAUCAAAAAAGGAUGCCAUUUCGGGUAUAAAAAAGAAUGAUUCAAAAAAAUCUAAAUAA